AUGUCAGCUGCAGCCCCAACGUCGCCCGCCGUUGUCCGCAACACGUCGACCGCGCGACGGCCGCCGCCGCAACAGCAGCAACCACACAUCGACCGCCUCGCCCGCUCGCAGAGCACCACCGCCCGGCCCAGCGCCAGUGCCAGCGCCAGUGCCAGUGCCAGUGGAUCCUCGCAGCCCCCACAGUCCUCGCAGCCUCCACAGCCCUCGCAGCACCCUUCGCACCCUUCGCACCCUUCGCACCCCUCGCACCCCUCGCACCCUUCGCACCCCCCGCACCCCCCGCACCCCCAGCACCUCCAAGACGUCGCCGCCUACUCCCCCUCGCGCCACAGCGAAUCGCGCGAGCCCCCGCCCCAGCGCACCGACUCGAGCAGGCGCCAUUCGCGCUAUGCUUCAGACGCCUCGACCGUCAGCGCCAUGCCCACCAACGGCGUAGCCCCCGACCACCCCAGGUCCUCCCAGCCCCUGCCCACGGCCAAGCGCAGGACCACCAUCACCGCACCGAGCACGGGAACAUGGGCCCUCGGCAAGACCAUCGGCGCUGGCAGCAUGGGCAAGGUCAAGCUGGCCAAGCACAACGAGAACGGCGAGCAGGUCGCCGUCAAGAUCGUCCCCCGCCUGUCCCAGGACCAGCACCAGAGCGCCGCCGACCGCGAGCGGGCCGACCACUCCAAGGAGGUCCGCACCGCUCGAGAGGCCGCCAUCGUCAGUCUGCUCAACCACCCCUACAUCUGCGGCAUGCGAGACGUGGUGCGCACAAACUACCACUGGUACAUGCUCUUCGAGUAUGUCAACGGCGGCCAGAUGCUCGACUACAUCAUCUCCCACGGUCGUCUCAAGGAGAAGCAGGCCCGCAAGUUUGCCCGUCAGAUCGCCAGCGCCCUCGACUACUGCCACAGGAACAGCAUCGUCCACCGCGACCUGAAGAUUGAGAACAUCCUCAUCAGCAAGACGGGUGACAUCAAGAUCAUCGACUUUGGCUUGAGCAACCUGUUCUCGCCCCGGAGCCAGCUCAAGACCUUCUGCGGCAGUCUGUACUUCGCCGCGCCCGAGCUGCUGCAGGCGAAGCAGUACACCGGGCCCGAGGUCGAUGUCUGGAGUUUCGGCAUCGUCCUCUACGUCCUGGUCUGCGGCAAGGUGCCCUUCGACGACCAGAGCAUGCCGCAGCUGCAUGCCAAGAUCAAGAAGGGACAUGUCGAUUACCCCCCGUGGCUGUCUGCAGAGUGUCGAAACCUCAUCCACCGCAUGCUGCAGACAGACCCCGCACAACGCAUGACGCUCUCGGAGAUCAUGAACCACCCAUGGCUGACCAAAGGAUUCAACAGCCCACCGGAAAACUACCUGCCUCACCGCGAGCCUCUGCAGCUACCGCUCGACACGGAGAUUGUCGAGAAGAUGACCGGCUUCGAUUUUGGCACCUCCGAGUACAUCACCACGCAGCUGACCAACGUCAUACAAUCGGAAGAAUACCAGCGCACCGUGCGCCUAGCCGCACGGAGGACUACGGCGCAAACACCAGAGGCCGAGAGGAAGCGCGGCAUGUUUGACUUCUACAAGCGACGCAACUCCAUCUCAAGCCGGGAGCAGCUGACGGCCUCUUCAUCAGAGGAGGUGUCACGCGGCCUGGACCCUGUCAACGCCUACAGCCCCCUCCUCUCAGUCUACUACCUGGUCCGGGAGAAGAGAGACCGCGAGCGAGCUGAAGAGAACCCAGGGGCAGUAGCUAUGCCUCAAAGUCCAGGUGAGAAGCCGCUGAAGAUGCCUGACCUUCCUGCCCCACCGCCAGCAUACACAAACGCCGCCACCUACGAGAUGGCAGGCGAGAAGCCUACCGGGGGAAGAUCACGACCCAGGGCAAGGACGCACGGCGAAGACGAGGUGACGGACAGCUUGAAGAGACUGGACCUCCACAAGCCCCCCGGCUCCGUUUCACCAGCUGUACUCUCUCCACCCGUGGUGGAACACAAGAAGGAGGGCGCCGUGGGAGGGUUGUUGCGACGCUUCAGUACGCGCAAAUACCGAAACCAUGAGAGAGGUCAGACCGACGUGCCGCCUACGCCACCUCCUCCCGCUGUUGCGAUAUCGAGCCCUCCAGAACCGCCCCCGCCUCAGCCACCGGCGACUGUGCCGAGAAAGAGCUUCAGCAUCCGCAGGCCCCGCGAUAGGGACACGGGCUCUUCGUCCCAGCUGCCCUCCAGCACCACAAAUCAACCGGAGCUGCUGUCCCCCCCAGGCAGCACAACCACCGCUUCACGGAAAUUCAAGGCUCUUGGACGCUCGACCAGUGUCAACUCGGCUGAUUUCCGUCGUCGUCUCAGCCGACGCGGCAGGUCAUCCGAGAACACAAACGAUCGUGAACCUCCGCCAACCAGUGGGUCGGACAGGUCAGACCUCAGCGGUCAGCAGCCUCGACCCAGCUACGAUGCUGGAGCCGACGACAUCACAACAAGCCCCCGCAAGAACCACGCAUCUCGCGCCAAGUCUUUGGGUCAUGCGCGAAGAGAGAGCAUCCAGGCCCGACGAGCAAAGCGGGAGCAAGCUAGGGAGUCGGAUGUACCGGAAGAGACGGAUGCCGAACUCGCCGAGUCUGCAGCUGAGGCUGAAGAGACAAGAAGUCCCGACGCUGUGAAGCCUGUGUUCCUCAAGGGCCUUUUCAGCGUCUCGACGACCAGCAGCAAGCCCGUUUCCUUCAUACAAGACGACCUGAUCCGUGUGCUUCACCAGUUCGGAGUCACUUUCCAGCCUAUCAAAGGCGGGUUCAAGUGUCGACAUGCUCCCAGCAUCGACCUUGGCAAGGUCCCCGACAUGCCUACUUCCCCCCCGAGUGGCAGCCAGAGACGGAAGAUUAGCUUUGGGGGGUUGAUCGGCGCCGACCGUGACAGAGAGCGAGAGGAGUUCCGGGAGCAGAACCGCAACCCUCCGACGCCAAAGUCACGAUCCCGGCCCUCUCCAGUGGAUCGCAGCUACACCAACACGGACGAGUCCGACGAUAGCGAAGACAGGGAGGACCGGCCACCUCGCUCGGGCCGCGCGCUGGCUGCUGGCGAAACCACGACACACGUGCAGAACGAUGUUGGCGAGAGCAUGGCUCUUGUUUUUGAGAUUUUGAUCGUCAAGGUGCCGCUGCUGCAACUGCACGGCUUGCAGUUCAAGAAGGUGGACGGCGGAACAUGGCAAUACAAGAACAUGGCCCAGGCAAUCCUGGAGGAGCUACGGUUGUAA